ACAUUGGUCAUGAGAAACAUAGUUGUGACUAAUCAUCUAAUACAUAAUUGUAUUUAAAAGUUCUCCUUUCCCACCUCUUAAGCACCUGUCACUUCACAGACUUUCCAACAAAACAUCAUGAAAACCAAAUAAAACAUUUAAAAACAAAGUGGCAUAAAAAUUAGCUGUAUAUAAAAGGAAUGUUUGCCAACAGACUUUGUUUUACCAUUUUUUCCUUCAGCCUAAUUGCUGGUAAAAUAGCAUAAGAACUAUUAUAUGAAGGACCCCGUGUUUCUUGUGUUACUUUUCAAUUUUGUUUUUCUUUUGAGAGAAGUAAUGCUUGCACUGUACCUGAAAUUAGUUGGUAAAAGGAAAUGACAAGGCUUUUCUGGCUGGUGUAAAUACAGAGGGUAAAAUCCUAAUUCCACUGAAGCCAGUGGGAACCUUUCCAGAAUGUCAUCCCCAACACUUGGCACUGAGAUGUCUGCAAAUAAUUUUCAUGUGGAAUGUUAGGAAGGAGGUGACAAAGGAGCCACCCACCUAGGUAUCCCCCUCCGUUGACGAGAUAAGCUGGCUUUUAGGAUUACUAUGCCCAAUGAACCAACAUAAAAUGACACCAGUGUAGCAGAGACUUAGGACCAUUAGGUCCACCUGUGCAAAAUCCUGAGCACCUCCACUGUGGUGCUCAACAUCAUCAGCUCUCUUUGAAGGCAACAGAAAUUGCAAUGAGUUCAGAAUCUGGUCCACUGAACUGUAUACCAUUGAUACCGACAUGAAGAGAAUGGUGGGAAAGUAGCUAAGAAAUUCCUGAUAAUAUCCACUAUAGGGGGUGGGCGGGUAACCAAUUAAUAAAUGUUGCUAAAAACAGUUCUAACUAUGUUUGCCAAUCUUCUGAAAGGAGCAAACUGGAGUUCCCAGGAUAGAUGUGAAGAGGGCAUCUUGAAGCGAUCUCCAUUUCAGUUGAUUAUGAACCAGAUCAAAAGGAAGAAAUCCUCUGUGGAAAAGGAAAAACAUCAGUGCUCAUCAGGCACUAGAUUCUUCAGGGGCUUACACACUGGGAAAUCUGAUGGUGGAAGCAAAGGAGAAAGUGAAAGAGCAGAAAUUGAUAACUCUAGACCAUAUAAUCAGAAUGAGAAGCAAGCUCCCUGGGUAGCAGAUGAACCUCCACAUCUCAUUUCCAAAACAAACACAACAUCUGGUAUGUGGCGCAUUAAGCAGUUCAUGCAAAAACUGGGUAAGAAGCCCAACAGCAAGAAUAUGGACCUAAAUAAUUGUGCAUUAGAUGCAACAGAUUUAAUGGAGCUGGUUCCUGUGUUAUCUUUUCUACCAGAGCUGGAGGAGCUCAAUCUUUCCUGGAAUGAUUUUGUAGGAGGGGCUCUGAAACUCCUUGCUCUUCGGCUCCAUCAUAUGAGCAAGUUAAAAAUCCUCCAACUAAACAACUGCAGGUUGACAGCUGAGGAUGUUACUUCUUUAGGAGAGGCACUUGAAACCAUUCCUCACCUUGAAGAACUGGAUUUAUCCUGGAAUAAUAACAUAGGUGGAAAAUUAUCCCUCUUGACCAAAAGAUUCCAGACAGGCUGCAAGAUCAAAAUCCUAAAAUUUACAGAUUGCAGUCUAACAACAAAAGAUGGAGAAUCUCUAGCUGAGGUUCUAAAUGUCCUCCAUGACCUUGAAGUAUUAGAUAUUUCUUUUAACAGAAACAUUGGCUGCAGUCUGAAGAGUAUCGCUCAGGAAUUGAAAAAUGUGCCAGUUCUGAAAGAAUUAAAUUUGCACAUGUGUGGAUUAAAGAAAGAUAGCUUCCAGUAUUUAGGCACGGCUUUCCAGUACUUACCAGAGCUAAACAAAUUAGACCUAUCAUGCAAUAAAGAGAUUGGUGGAGGGUUUAAGGAUUCAGCAACUCAUUUGGCCAGUUUUAAAGACCUAGAAGUCCUGGAUCUCCACCGGUGCUGUGUAACAGAAGAGGACAUGGUGGUUCUCACACAGGUGAUACCUUUACUCUCGAGUCUUCAGGAGCUGAAUUUAUCAUCCAAUAAAAACAUUGGAGUGUCUUCCAACUACCUUUUUAGCAGGCUCAGAUUUUUACCAAAGUUGAAAUCUGUGGUCGUCAGCAGUUGUUCUUUAGGGGAAGAGUCUUUUGCGUCACUAGCUGAGACUGCCCUUCACCUCCCUGAACUGGAGAUAUUAGACCUUUCUUGGAAUAAAUGCGUUGGUGGGAACCUAAAGCUGCUUUUGGAAGCACUAAAGCUUGCAACGGAGAUUCGAACGUUGAGACUGAGCAGCUGUAACUUGGUGGCUGAGGAUCUGACUCUUUUAGCAUUAGAGGCCCAAGGUGGGCAUCUAGCCAAAUUACAGAAGCUAGAUCUGAGUUAUAAUGACACUGUUUCUGAUGAAGGAUGGGCCACUUUCUUUCAAGGCUUAACUGCACUCAAAGAACUUUCAGAGUUGGAUGUCAGUCUUCGGCCAUCAUCUUGUCGUGACUGUGGAAUGUGGUUCAGCAAGUUGCUAACAGAUUUGUCAAAGCUGCCUGCAUUCACAGAGAUAGGGAUGCAAAGGUGGGCCCUUCUGGAAUCACAGCAGAGGCAAAUGGAAAGCUUUAAUCAGAACACUAAAAGGAAUGUUCACUUUGACUAUUGAUGCAGGGCCUGGGUUUCUGAAAAGGCCUUUCCAAGUAGCACAUGCAUUCUGUAUUCUGGGAUUCUGACUCAGAAAAUAGCUUUUUUUUUUUUUUUUUUUUUUUUUUUUUUUACUAGAAAUCUGUUUUCAUUGUGUCUCUUGAAAUAGUUGCGAACUACACCGUUAUUUAACCUGUGAAAUACACCAGAUAAACUCCAAAUGUCUGGGUAUGUAAGGAAGGUCUGUCUUAUAUACAUAUCUAACUGUUUUUAAUAAGCUACAUUUAAAAUGUGAGCCUCUUCUGCCUCAUUUGUGGUAAUGCCCUUUUGUCAUAAAUAUAAAGGGAAGGGUAAACACCUUUAAAUCCCUCCUGGCCAGAGGAAAAACCCUUUCACCUGUAAAGGGUUAAGAAGCUAAGAUAACCUCGCUGGCACCUGACCAAAAUGACCAAUGAGGAAAAGCUGGUGGGGUGACAAAGGGUUCUCUCGGUCUGAGAGUUGUUUUUGCCGGCACCAGAGCAGGAAUGCAGGUCAGAACUCCUGUAAAGGGCUAAUAAGCAAUCUAGUUAGAUAUGCGUUAGAUUCUGUUUUGUUUAAAUGGCUGAUAAAAUAAAUUGUGCUGAAUGGAAUGUGU